AUGGGUUCGGUCGAUGAGUCAUAUGGCUUACAAUCAAGUGGCUACGUUGGAAGUAUGGAAUGUGCACGUGCCGGUACCGAUAUUGAGCGUCUUGCAUUGAGGAUUAGCCUUGCGGAUAUAGACGAACAAUUUGAAAAAGUAAUACAGAAGUCGUUGGUGUUCAUCUUACGAUAUUUGGCUAAGUAUGAUGACCAUCGGAGGAAGCUCUUGGAACUUUUGGGUGAUGUCACCCGCCGCCUAAAACGGCGUCCCAGUAUACAACUUCCCGUACACGAACUAUUCGUCGCCUACAAUGAUCCAGAAAAUUCAACCUAUCUCACCAAUUUCUCUCACAUGUACAUCCGUUUGGGUUAUCCUCGUAUGCCAGUUACUGAACAGAUUUGCCUUCUUCCGGUUUUAUUUGCAUCGUUGACGGAUAACAAGCCUAUAGUCCAACGAGAUGUUCUCCUGCACUUGACGCUUCCCAUUAUCGGGGGUGUUCCUGCUGACGCGCGUAAUAGGUUAGAAUUGGAACUCCACGAACUGCCUAUGCAACGACGAUUCAUUAAUGAAUUUUAUUCAUUGGUUUUACUAUUACCUUAUACUUUCGAGCGUCACAUCCGCUUCGACACCCCUGCAGUCGCUAUUCCAGAAGGAUUUAAUGCUUAUGACUACAGUCGAGUCGCUCAUGAGCGCUUCUCCGCCAUUCACAGUUCGUUCAUUCGCUUCCUAAUCUCUUUAAUACUUGAUUUUAAUUUUGUCAUUAUACAAUAUUUCUUUUCGUUCUUUAAGUACAAGGUCGCUAUUGUGCAGUUUUACAGUCGCGGUUUUUUUCCAACGGAUGAAAGUAUUGUUCCUCUUCUCUUUGCUGACGCAGAUUCACGACACUCAGUUGUUUCUGCCGCAAACAAGGAAGUUAGGAUGCUGAGCGUCCUUGUAGAUUGGGAAAACGAGGCUCUCCUCUCUCGGAUUUUCGACUGGUACCUUGGGCGACGUCGCGAGUUCGACCCAAAGGGUCUCUCUGAUCCUCGUCAGCCCUUGAGCGCAGGUGUUCGAAUUAAACUUGGACACUUUUUACUUCGGUCCCGAAUUACGCUAACGGGUAUCCUCGCGCCGGACUUAAUAGAAGCCGCGGUGCUCAGUUUGAAAGGCGUGACAAGUUGCAAGGAACCGAUAAAGCCUCUAUCGGCCGCUCCUUCACAGCAGCAGCAACAACAACAACAGCAACAGCAGUCGUCACAACUUCUUUGCCCAACGCACGGGAUGAAGGCGGAGCAGCCCCAACAACAACAGCAGCAGCAAUCCUCGGUGGGCUCCACAUCCGCAUCUGUUCCUGCAGCUCAGUGCACUCAUCGCACGGGACAGAGCGUUCAGCGCCGACUUGCCAAUCACGGUCUUGACUUGCUGGCGCAUUUGCUUGAUAAUGCAACCUCUAUUCCACCGGAUGCGUCUGUUCGUGCUCUGGGGAGCCUCAUUGAAUUUGUUUACGAGGGCACCUCUGACGAACUUGUUCCUGCGAGGGCGCGAGGCUUCGAACUACUAUCCCGCUUUUUGUCUCGCGAGCCCAACUAUCUCCUCAAGGAUCCAUCACAACUCCCUCGACUUUUUGACGACAUUGCUCCAGACCUAAAAACUGCAGCUGCUCACUGUCUCCGACGCCUUGCCUUUACUUUCCAGGAGGCGCAAAGACAAAAUUACCCAGCUCUAAGAAAUCAACUUGCCAAACUUGAGCGCCUUCUCUUCGAGAACAUGGAGAGGUCGGACCCUGUUAGUCGUUUGGUAGCCGUUCACUUCGCGGGCAUCAUCUAUCCCCCGGAUCACAUUCCGACUCGUUACCUCAUUCUUCAGGCGCUUGGUGAUAAAGACCAAAGGGUGCGAAAUGAGGCUCGCAUGGUAUUCUCCAUUUUCCUCGAUCCCAACAUAGCAAACGACAUCGUGUACGGACGUGUCAAACUGCCAUCUUUUGUGGAAUUCGUAAAUCAUCUACUUUCUCUUGUGCAGGAUACACAGCAUAUCCGGAAGAAUCCUUUCAUCGAUGUGGAACGCCUCAUUCCAGUGGUUCAAUUCAUCCGACUUUGCCUCCUGGCCGUGAAAGGCGGUCUAACUUCAGCGCAGGAGAAGGAGAUGAUCUACGAGACUGAUGACGAGAUUCGCUAUCGCAUCAACCAGAACGUGCGCUACCUCCUCUCGCUGACUGCACCAUCGUCCACGUCGGCGGGACCGUCUGCCAAAGCGGCGGAGGGGUGCAUCAAUAGUGAUGCGUCUGCAACCGCCACGCAUAGCGGGCUGCUACAGCCCAAUCCCGAGCAGGCGCGCCGCAGCAUCGCUACCUACUUCCGCCUCAUUCAUGUGGUCAUCUUCGCGCGUUGCCAGUCGCCUUGGGAUUCUCCCGAAUUUCCCAAUUUCAUGGAGGAGGUUUUGAUAAAUAACACACGAGAGUUGGCUGUCGGUGGGAAAAACAUACUGGAUCAGAUAAAUAACUUGCUAUUAGGUACCUCACGUGGUGCAAACUGUCGCCACGCCUGCGCCUCUAUAUUCUCUGCGGUUACUAUGGAGACGGAGCAACCGGCAGAAGCACUGCAGAUCGCCGUAGGCAUGCUUGAAAAGGUCCCCAAGGGUUCGGUUGUGGUGGAUACAGAGAGUUCACAUAACAUACAGGGCAUGAUGAUGGGAGUGGCGUAUUUGUUGAAGCACCUCCAUGAUAGGCACUGCGCUCCUCCACUCAUUGGCUCCAAUGCCGUCACAAACAACAUUGGAGCGGUCGUCAACGCUACCGGUGGCGGUGGUAAAUCGAAGAAGUCAAAAAAGCAGGAUACGAAGAACAAACAACACAUGCAAACUGGCAUUGCGGAGACAAUCGAAAAAUUCCUAAAAAUUGCUGACGCCUAUCUUAUCCGUCCAACUCUCCUCGUUGAUAAACCACUGGGAGCGAGCAAAGAGAAAUCCAGUCACCACCAGGAGAGAGAAGGGAAGAACGCCACCGGCGGUAUUCGCUACAACAACACUGGCGUAGCCCAGUCUACAGUGACCACUCUUCUCGAAGCUCUGGCCGUCCUUGCUCAGGCCGGUUGUCUCGCCAACCUACCCGCGGGCUCCACUGUCCCAAACAUCGAGUCCUCCGGUGCUCUGCCACCCUGCGGCGAGAGCAAGGCCAGCUUAGUGGCACGUGUUGCGCACUAUCUCACUCUCCCCCCUUCGCCCGUCAUUGGUGCCACUACCGGCACCGGCGCAGCAAACACCUCGGCAACGAGCAGAUCGAGUGAGGAACCGCUGCCUGUAAUGGCAGGGCAUCAGCGCGUGUGGUUCGCUACCCUCCGCGCUCUCGCCUGCCUUUGCACUGGCGAACCGCCGGACAACGUCGAGAAGGGGGACGAGCAGCGUGUGUCCACCCACCCGCAUCUGAUGUUUAUCAUCGAGGCUAUGUCGAAAAUGCAGGAGGUGCGUGAUCCGGCACUGCAGUUGGCGGUGGGUGCAGCAAUGGCAGAUGCGCUUUUGGGUGCAGCCUCCCCGUACAAGGGGCUAUGGUUUGAGCGCACCUACCCACUCCGAGUGCCUCCGAGUGCUUCUGAGGCCGCCGCUCACUCUACUGCUGGUCGCUGGUUGGCCGAGCGCUUUGUUACCCUUCUGACUCACAAGCCUGGCCAGCUGAAGCCGCCACCCGCAAUGCUUGCCGUCUCUCUUUGGGCUUUGGCCAUGGCAAGGCGAUUCGCCCCCCCUCCUGUCGACCUUCUUCCACCCGAGCUUUUCAUCAAUCUCCUCACCGAAAACGAUGAGGCUCUGCAAUGUGUGGCGGCCAGUAUUCUCGGUCUGAUAUACGAUCGAAACGAUGAGGUGGCUCGUCUUUCCCUUGUCAAUAGCUUAAACAAAAUGAUCGCUGAUGGCAAACGACCUAACACCUCAGUAUUCCGCGAGCUCUGCAGUCUGGCACACCAAAUCGGUCGAGAGGAUAUGUCGCUUUCCUUGGUUGUACUGGCAACUACCUCGCCACCACCGAGCAUGAACGCCUCGGUCCUCUUUCAGCCAGUUAAUGCUCUCGAUGGCGCCUCCGUUGGCCCAGCUAACUGCCCUGCGACAGCGGCCGUCACCACGCCGUGGUUGACGCUUUGUGCGGUGGCGUGCGCGGGCCUGGUGCGUCGCCUCGGUCGCUCCCUCGCCCCCGCCCUUCCGCGCCUCGUUCCGCGCGUCUUCAUCCGACGCUACGAUAUGGCACGACCGCGUAUGCGCAACGCCAUGCAGAAGAUAUGGCUGGGUCUUAUCCUCUACGCUACAUCAAACUCUGCCUCUAAUGGAAUGGCUAACUCCAGUGCCACCUCCAAGUCGGACUCUGGUGGCAGCAGUGCUACUGGUCCUGCUGCCUCACCUGCUACGAUUACCACCACAUGGGAAAGUGGUAAUUUGGCCAAUGUCUCGGUCAAUGCACUAGCCUCCGAACUGGUUGAGGCCAAUUUCAACGCCAUCCUCUGUGAGAUCAAAGCUCAACUGGGUUUGACCUCGACCACCAAGUCCAAAUCCCCAACCUCACCUCCGUCGUCCAGCUCGGUCUUAGGUACAAACUUCACCCCGGACCCCAACCUCCGUGACGCAUGCUGCCUGGCCACUGUGGCUCUGACGGAGCACCCCUCGGCCUACAAGCAGUUUGCGGCUCACCUGCCUUCCCUCCUCUCGGGCCUCCUCGCCAUGGUCGAUGCUGAGCAGACGACUGAUGAUGCCGGCGUUGACAGUGGCGUUGGGGCCGCUAGUGAGGCUUCACAACCUUCUCCCGCUGAAAAGGCUGCGUCUGCUAUCCAAAAGGCAAGCUCUGCUUCAUCAGUUAAUCAUUUUAUUAAAACUAGCUACACCAAGUCUUGCUGCGAACAUAUUAGCCGGGCUCAAGACAGUGAAUUGAUGAUCCGAGCCCUCGACGAUCCCUCCUGCCGAGAUGUGGCCACUGGUCUCCUUCCUCGCCUCCUACCCAUCCUCAUUAGUCGCGCUUUGUCGACAGCCGCAGCUUUUUCCUCAGCUGACGCUGCCAAACCGCAGCAUCAACAGCCUCCCAUUACAGAGUCGCGUUCGCUAGCACUGGACCUGCUUCUAGCCGCAGCGCGGGUCGCCAGUCCCGCCUCCCUGAAGAAUGCUCUGCCUCAGCUCACCAUUGCCGGUCUACAGACCAUGGCCUCGCUCACUCCCAACCGGGUCGUCAGUGUUAUGCGACCCUCUACACUCCCCUCCUCUCUACCUCCACAGCAUCCCCACUGGAACUCAAGUUUAGCCUCCUCUUCCAAUACUGCCUCUAGGGAAUUGCAAAUGGCUGAGGUCUUGCGAUUGGGCGUUCGACUGAUUGACGAGAGCUCUCUCUCCCAACUGGUCAUGCCACUGGUGGAGUUGAUCCGUGCCGGUGGCGGAACAGGUGGAGGAAGCAGUGCUGCUGGUGGAUCCCGUGGUACUGGAGCAAAUUCAGUUGCUGCCGUAGCAACAGCCACCUGCAUAUUCCUCUCCCACCUUGCACUUUCUUCCUCCUCAACGCUAAUCACUCAGUCCUCACCCCAAUCCAAAAAGGAGGAGAACGAUGGCGAUGACUCAAAGAAUCGCAUUGUUUCUCCACUCUCCCAACAUACAGGGAAGCUGUUGGCUGCGCUACUGGGCGCUUUACCCAAUGCGGGACGGCAGCUAGAUAAUCUGGGUCGGAAGACGGUGCAGGAGGAGAUGGCCCAAGCUGUGGCUCUCCUGCUGCGGUUUGCAAAGGACACCAGCGUGGCGAAGGUGUUCACUCGCGUGCGCUCCUGGUUUAUGGAGACGGGUGCGAGUGGCCAGUACGCUGAGGGCGUCUCUAGCGGCUCCAGUCAAUGGGCCUGUGUUCGUGUCAUGCACGCCAUUGCGCGCUGCUGUCCCGACCUCCUUUUCGCACACCCUGGUCUCACCCUACCCCUGGUCUUCAUCAACACUCAGUCAGAAGCCGAGGUUCUACAGCUGGCCUCCCUCCCCAAUGGUCCUUCGGGGGUGGAACCACCGAGUGCUUCCCUCACCAACAUGCCUUUCUCGCCCGCCACCGCGCUCCUCGACGACGAUGACGAGGAGGUGAAUGCGCGUCGUGCGCUCUGGAAGGAGACGUGGCGAGAGAUCCUGCCCGUGAGUCAUGCCAAUGCUACAACUGCCUCCGCUGUCGACACCACUACGGCUGGUAUCCAACAGUCACACCUCUGUCCACCUGGCGGCUACUCCGCCACCGGUGUCUGUCCUCUUGCCGAUCUCCUCAAACCGCCCCUUCUCACCACAUUCAUAUCCACCCUCUCAGAGGCGCUCAUCAGAUCACCCUCAUGGUUUGUGCGCAAUCAAGCCGCGCUUGCUUUGCUCUCCGUCUCUGCGGCCAUUGUUUCCCAGUCCAUGUUCCUCCUCACCACUGUUGCCUCUUCCAUGAUGCGUGAUGCUAUGGGCCAGGAUCGGAGUAAUGCAGUGGUUGCUGCUGCUGAUGCUGCAUCCGCCUCUGCCUCUGCUCUCCAGAUCUCAAAGACCCAAACAGCGGGGCUAGGCGUUCAGCAGAGCAGUGCGAGUGAAGUACAACAAGAAAAUGAUAAUGAAGAGGAAGAUGAGGAGGAGGCUGAAGAGGAAGAAGUUGGCGAUGACGAGGAAGAUGAAGAUGAGGAGGACGAGGAUGAGGAAGAAGAGGAAGAGGAUGAGGACGAUGAGGAGGAUGAGCAAGAUGAAGAGGAGAAUGAGGCCGUUUUCCUCAUCUGGUGCGAGUUGGCUCGGGUGCUGACUGCGGCGCUGAAGGAGACAGGGUCUUGGAGUGGCAAAGUCUACCUCCUACGCACUGUCAGGAUGCUCACUCAAACUGCUCUUGAACGCGUCUUCAACCUCGACGACCCCAACAAUGAACUUAUUAAUGAAAUGUGGUCAGUCUUGGUGCGGGAAACGCGCACUGGUCGGUCAGAGCACGCGGGUCCCUCGUACCAGGCGGAGGCCUUUUGGGCACUGGCCAGUUUCGCGGAGAUCUGUGGCCGUGAUGCCACUGGCUUGAUGGAGGUGAAGGAGAAGGACGAUCGCCUGACGCGUCUACUGCGUCUUAUAUUGCCCAACGGCAUUCCUGAUGCCAACGAGCAACAGGCCUCGUCGAAGAAGGGCAAGCAGACGCAAUUCCAGAUCUCGCAGGAGUUGUCUGAGGCCGAGCAGGAGUUGGCCGUUAAAACUGUAGGUGUCAUGUGGCCCCUGCAAACCAAGCAACCCCAUGUUGAUCGGUUCGUUGACACGAUGCAUCACUUGGUCUUCCUCAUGAGCCAGGGUGGUUGGCGUAUCCAAUCUGCUGCCUUAGGAAGUAUACUUGCAAUGUUUGCCAAACUAAGGACAGAGCAAGGUGAGGAACUGGUUAAAAAAGCCUCAGAAGGUGGUGGCAACCCUCUUGAAAAGCUCGGCCUAAAGGAGCUCAUGAAUCGUUUGAAGCGCUGCGCUGAAAAUACGAAGUCAUCGGUCCUGCGGGAGCAUGCCCUUGGAGCUAUCGCAAGCAUGUUGCGUCAUCGAUCAUUCGUGGCUUUGAUUCACAGUCAGUUGGAGGAGUUGGUGCAGUCCUAUGUAAAUUGUGGUACCUCUACUAUGCGCGAUUGGGCGUGUGCGUUGAUGAAGAGUCUGUAG